GCCUGGCGCUCAGAGUCGAGCCGGCGGCCCUUCCCGGCGGAGGCAGGGCGCGGAGUGGCGCGGAGGGCGCGGCGGCACCGGUGCCCGCACCGCUGCGGGGCGCGCAGAGGCCGCCGGCGGCCCUUCUCCUUGCUCCCGGAGGCGGCGAACCAUGGCCGGGGAGCGCGGGGCGGCGGCGGGCGUGCGGCGGCGGGCCGAGGGGGCGCGGGGACACGGCCGGGCGCCCCUGCCCGCCGCGGUGCCCGCCGCCUGAGGCUGCCCGGGGGCGCGGAGCCGGCGCGGCGCGGGCGCAGGAGGCGACUCCAGGCGCGAUGUCGGUGCCGCUACUCAAGAUCGGGGUCGUGCUGAGCACCAUGGCCAUGAUCACCAACUGGAUGUCCCAGACGCUGCCCUCGCUCGUGGGCCUCAACACCACCCGGCUCUCGGCGGCCCGGGGCGGGACGCUGGACCGCAGCACCGGUGUGCUGCCCACCAACCCCGAGGAGAGCUGGCAGGUGUACAGCUCCGCCCAGGACAGCGAGGGCCGGUGCAUCUGCACGGUGGUGGCCCCCCAGCAGACCAUGUGCUCGCGGGACGCCCGCACCAAACAGCUGAGGCAGCUGCUGGAGAAGGUGCAAAACAUGUCCCAGUCCAUAGAGGUCCUGGACCGGCGGACUCAGAGGGACUUGCAGUAUGUGGAGAAGAUGGAGAACCAGAUGAAAGGGCUGGAGUCCAAGUUCAAACAGGUGGAGGAGAGUCAUAAGCAACACCUGGCCAGGCAGUUCAAGGCGAUAAAAGCGAAAAUGGAUGAACUUAGGCCUUUGAUACCUGUGUUGGAAGAGUACAAGGCCGAUGCCAAAUUGGUUUUGCAGUUUAAGGAGGAGGUCCAGAAUCUGACGUCAGUGCUUAACGAGCUGCAAGAGGAAAUUGGCGCCUAUGACUACGAUGAGCUGCAGAGCCGAGUGUCCAAUCUUGAAGAGCGGCUCCGUGCGUGCAUGCAAAAGCUAGCCUGCGGCAAGCUGACCGGCAUAAGCGACCCCGUGACCAUCAAGACCUCCGGCUCGAGGUUCGGGUCCUGGAUGACGGACCCCCUGGCCCCAGAAGGCGAUAACAGGGUCUGGUACAUGGACGGCUACCACAACAACCGCGUGCGCGAGUACCGCUCCAUGGCCGACUUCAUGGCCACGGACAACUUCACGUCCCACCGCCUGCCGCACCCCUGGUCCGGCACGGGCCAGGUGGUCUACAACGGCUCCAUCUACUUCAACAAGUUCCAGAGCCACAUUGUGAUCCGGUUCGACCUCCGGUCGGAGAGCAUCCUCAAGAUGCGCAGCCUGGACUACGCCGGCUACAACAACAUGUACCACUACGCCUGGGGCGGCCACUCGGACAUCGACCUCAUGGUGGACGAGAACGGGCUGUGGGCCGUCUACGCCACCAACCAGAACGCCGGCAACAUCGUGGUCAGCAAGCUGGACCCCGUGUCCCUGCAGGUGCUGCGGACCUGGAACACCAGCUACCCCAAGCGCAGCGCCGGCGAGGCCUUCAUCAUCUGCGGGACGCUCUACGUCACCAACGGCUACUCGGGCGGCACCAAGGUGCACUACGCCUACCAGACCAACGCCUCCACCUACGAGUACAUCGACAUCCCCUUCCAGAACAAGUACUCGCACAUCUCCAUGCUGGACUACAACCCCAAGGACCGCGCCCUGUACGCCUGGAACAACGGCCACCAGGUGCUGUACAACGUCACCCUCUUCCACGUCAUCCGGUCCGACGAGUUGUAGCCGCCCCCAUCCCCGCCCCCCGCCCAGGAGCCCGGGAGCCGGCGGCGGUCCCGGCCUCGCCCCCCCCCCCAC